GUCGAGAUGGCCGUAAAUGAGGAAGACGUGAAGAAUAAGCUGAACAUUCUAACGGUCGAGAAUUUGAAGAGCAUUAUUAGAGUUUUGAAUAGUCAGUUGAAGUUGAAGCUCAGGCUAUCAGGAAAUAAGGCAGAUUUCGUACACAGAAUUUUAGAUACACUUGACCAUUAUAAGGAGCAUAAUAAAGCAAACUAUGAUGUUACAAAGGAUAUCGUUAUGCAAGUAUACAAUACUGGUACUUACUCACGUCCUGCGUCUGGUUCUGGUCCUCGUCUGCCACCGACAUUGAAUCUUCCAACAAAACAUCCAGCGUACGAGCAGCCAGCAGCUCCAAAGCCUUUGAUUUGGAAGUCUAAUCCAUUUCAAUCUAUUAUACGGCAAGUAUCUGAUGUGGCUACUCUCCACGAAGCCCGGGAUAGAUCACUUAGGAGUGUCUUUUUGGAGUUUAAAAUACCAACAGAUUACUCUCAGCAACUCAAUCAAUCUAGGAUAGGACCCUCAGAUCCAAUACGUUAUCAACUUAGAAUCUACUCAGCUAGUUCGGAUUUCUACAAACCACACUUACUUGAUCAACAACUACCGAUCGAUUUUCCGGUACUUUGUGAUCUUAAGGUUAAUGGCAAACAAAUAAAGGCUAACACGAGGGGUGUAAGAAAUCAACCAGGUACAGCUUCACCACCGAAUGCUGAUGUAGAGAAGAAUCUAAUUUUAUCACCCAACGCCUCAAAUACCCUUGAAGUUAUAUAUAGAGACACGCAUAAAAAGCAUUACAUUGUUAUAAACCUCGUUGAACAGUACAGUUGUGAUCAAUUAGCUAAUAUCGUUAGACAGCAACCUGAAAUUCCUUCAACUAGCGUAGUUGAAAGAUAUAAAUCAAUGCAAGAUAACGAUGAUGUCGUCGCAGGUGCCUCGACUGUUAGCUUGAAAUGUCCUAUUGGUUUCUUUCGGAUGCAAACUCCAAUACGCUCUAUACAUUCUCAAUCACUACAGUGUUUUGAUGCAAUGUCCUUCUUUUCUAUAAAUGAGCAAUUACCGACAUUUACUGAUCCAUCAUCAAAAAAGCCAAUCAAGUUUAAAGAUUUAGCUGUCGAUGGAUUCACCCACCAAAUACUACAAGCCAUUCCUGAUGAUUAUGGUAGUGUCGUAGUUGAACCUGACGCUGAAUGGCAUACUGAAGAUGGUGAAUAUGGGUCUGAAGCUUGGAUGGAAGCUAAGAAGGCUGGUAAAAUUCCUGAAUUUAAUAAAGCAGAAAAGCAACCGAGCGCUAAACCUGUAAAGAAUGAAAAACAGGAAAAGUCAGCCGAAGUCUUGGAUUUAUCUAGUGACGAUGAAGAUGCAGAUGGUAGCUCAUACGCGAAAGCCCCACCGCGACCUCCUGCGAAGAAGCAACAACAAAUUAUAGAUCUUACACUUUCAUCCGAUGAAGAAGAUGAAGUAAAUAAUGAUAGCGCUAACGACGACGCAAAUAUCGUUAGCACUGGUAAUGACGCUGGUCCUGUUAACCUCAACACUGUUGGUAGUAGUAAUGAUGACGUAGAUCAGAGGCUACCUCCACUUCACAUUCCUCAAGAGGCACCUGCCCAGGUUUCACUGAAACGAAACAGAGACAGUGACGAUCAAGCUUCUAAUAUUCUAGAUAAGAGAAGAAACAUCGAAUCAAACGUCGAAUCAAACAUUGAAUCAAAUAGUGUGCAAAAUAGCACACCAGUUAGUGCAUCAAAUAGUGUCUUGAGUGGUGCACGUACGCCAAAUGGUAAUCCACCGGGUCCAUUCAUUUUAAGGGAAUCAGGACCAUUACCUGCAUCGCAUAGCCCACAAACGCCUUUUAGUUCCGCUCAUCCAACGCCUCAACCUCAGCAAGAACAAAUACCACGCAAUGAUCAACAGAAUAUACAUCAACGGGAGAGAUCACCAUGGGUACCGCAGCCAUUGACUCUACCUCAGAUAAGCAACAAUUUUACUGUUAAGCCAGAUCCGUUUGUACCACCAAGACAAGAACAUCGCGUAAUUCAACCAAACCAAGAGGUAGUUCAUCAGCCCUCCUUCGGUGAAUUGCAGGGGAUUCCUCCGGCUCCUCCAACGCUCCCUCCGCCAACAUUCGCUAGACUGCCGCACCCAAUAUAUCGACCACCGUCACAGCGUGAUAACAGCUCACGCUAUCACGGUUGGUAG